UUUUGAAUAUUUCGAAAUCCGUGUCUCGAAAUUUGGUUCAAAAUGUUCUCAUACAUAUCCUGAUUCUGGGCUAUAUCAUUUUUGCUCCAAAAAUGUCAAAUAAACACUGAACAAACUUCGACUUGUCAACAAGUUGCCGAGAUCGCAUGAUCCAAACGGUUUUGUGUACACAAUGAGCUCCUACACUUGCCUGCCGCUGGCCCUCAGACAGACGAAGAUCCUGGCCACACGCCGCCUCGGCGAGCGCUUACUGGUGCGACAUCUAUCGGCGAGCCAAGCGCUUUACGACAAGCAUGAAUGCAAAGUUUUGGUUGUUGGCGGCGGAUCCGGCGGCUGUGCGAUGGCCGCCAAGCUCUCCUCGCGCCUGGGCAGGAACAAGGUGAUCGUUGUGGAACCGGCCGAUACACAUUAUUAUCAGGCGAUGUUUACGCUAAUUGGUGGCGGCAUGAAGCGGCUGGAGCAGUCCCAGAAGCCCAUGUCGCAGGUGCUGCCCAAGAAGGCCAAGUGGCUGCGCGAGGCGGCCAUAGAAUUCGAUCCGGACAGCAAUACGGUUAAGACAACCGGCGGUAAUACCAUCAAGUAUGACAUGUUGCUCAUCGCCACCGGACUCCAGUUGAACUACAAUAAGAUACCCGGACUGGAGGAGGCGCUGGCCAUACCCAAUGGCAAGGUGUCCUCCAUAUAUUCGCCCAUGUAUGUGGACAGAGUAUACGAUUGCCUGCGCAAUAUUGAGGGUGGGAAUGCCAUCUUUACGUAUCCAUCGUCGCCCGUCAAGUGUCCGGGCGCACCCCAAAAGAUUGUCUACAUCUCGGAGCACUAUUUCCGCAAGACGGGCAAGCGUGACAAGAUUAACGUGAUAUACAAUACGGCUCUGCCCGUGCUUUUCGGCGUCAAACACUAUGCGGAUGCCCUGUGGCCCAUUGUUAAGAAGCGCAACAUUACGGUUAAUACACGCCGUAAUCUAAUCGAGGUUAAGCCGGGCCAGGAUAUAGCUGUCUUUCAGAACCUGGACAAUCCCGCCGAAUGCUUCGAGGAGAAGUACUCCAUGCUGCACGCUGUGCCGCCGAUGAGUGCUCCCGAGGCGCUGACCCGCUGCAAGCAGCUGAUCAAUGAAGCCGGCUUCGUGGACGUGGAUCAGUCCACGCUGCAGCACACGAAAUACAAGAACGUGUUCGCCAUUGGCGAUUCGUCCGGUUCACCCAACUCCAAGACUGCCGCCGCAGCAGCUGCCCAAUCGCCGGUUGUGUUCCGUAAUAUGAUCGCAGCGCUUAAUGGAAAGCCUCUGCGCGAUGUCUACGACGGAUAUGCCUCGUGUCCGCUGGUGACCGGCUACAAUAGCGUCAUUCUGGCCGAGUUCGACUAUAAUCUGACGCCAUUGGAAACGUUCCCUGUGGCACAGAACAAGGAGCGCUAUUCCAUGUUCAUCAUGAAGAAGGAUCUGAUGCCGUUGCUCUACUGGAAGCUAAUGUUGCCGGGCUAUUGGAAUGGCCCCGCCCUCAUGCGUAACCUCUUGUCCGUAUUUAAGUUCAACAAGAAAUAGGUUGCGUCUAUUUUAAUUAUAAUUUUAAUUAUGACACUUUAAAAUGCAUUUUAAAAUUGUAAAAUUUUUCGAAGAAAGUUUUGAAUU